AUGACAGAGGACGCUCCAGCUGCACCGCCGACAAAGGCCCCGGUCAAGGCCGUCAAGAGGAAGUCUGUUCCCCGGGCGAAGAGCAACGCUCUCUCCCUCUCAAAACUCAUUGUCAUCGUUGUUGGUGAGUCCAAGGAGAAAAAGGGGAUGUCUCUGUCCGCUAUCAAGAAGGCCCUGGCCGCCAAAGGGAUCGACGUCGUCAAAUCAAACAAACGUAUCAACACCGCCGUGGUUAGGCUGGUGCGCAAUGGUAUCCUUGUCCAGUCCAAAGGUACUGGAGCGAGCGGAUCCUUCAAGUUGGCCAAGGAGCCCAAGACUGUCAAGACUACAACAAAGGUAGCAAAGAGAGCUCCCGUGAGGGCGAGGAAGCGCGCCGCAGCAAAGAAGGCGUCUCCCAAGAAAAAGGCUCCUGCAAAGAAACCUGUGCCCAAAAAGUCUCCGAAGAAGGUGUCACCAAAGAAAGCAGCAGCAAAGAAAUCAGCGAAGAAACCCGCAGCAAAGAGGCCUACCAAGAAGGCUGCCACAAAGAAGGUGGCGAAGAAGGUCGCUCCUAAGAAAGCCUCAGCUAAGAAAACAGCACCCAAAAAGGCAAAGAAGUAA